AAAAAUGAUGACGUGAAACGAUGAAGUCUUGCUGUGUUGUCACCAUCUGUUUGCACGGGAACAAAGUGCUUGAAAGCAAACAUCAUGAAAUAAACAGACGUGUCAAGUGUCGUGGGCGCAAAACCGCAAGGCUACACUGCAUAAAGGCUCCAGAGCGGACGAUAUCCUGAUAACGUUUACGAAAUUACAACGGGGGCGAGAACUAAGGUUGUAAUUUCCUUCCUAAGGAGUUAUUGUCAACUUUCUGUCUGAUUAGUGAAGACUCUUGCGCAAUUUUGAACAUAAGUGCGCAAUAGUAGUGAGUAAGGAUGAACGUGGGCACGGCGCAUAGCGAAGUAAACCCGAACACACGCGUGAUGAACAGCAGGGGGAUUUGGCUCUCCUAUGUGCUGGGCAUCGGUCUGCUACACAUCAUAUUGCUCAGCAUACCCUUCGUCAGUGUGCCUGUGGUCUGGACACUCACCAACCUCAUUCACAACAUGUGCAUGUAUAUCUUCCUCCACACGGUGAAAGGGACGCCGUUUGAGACUCCGGACCAAGGCAAGGCCCGGCUUCUGACACACUGGGAACAGAUGGACUAUGGUGUCCAGUUCACCGCCUCCCGAAAGUUUCUCACCAUCACCCCUAUUAUACUGUAUUUCCUGACCAGUUUCUAUACAAAGUAUGACAGGGUCCACUUCGUCAUCAACACCAUUUCCCUGCUCACUGUGCUUAUCCCCAAACUUCCUCAGUUUCACGGGGUCCGUCUUUUCGGGAUUAAUAAGUAUUGAUGAGGCUUUGGUCUUCAACACGAGAAGAUGUGUUGACACGCAGGGCACAUCCUGACUUACUCUGUGGGAAUGAAAAAGGAGCUUUGUGAGAUGGUCUGCUGCUUUGCGGUUCGAAUCGGCUGAAUAAUCUGCAAUGAUCAGUGUUUUUUUUUUUGUAUAACAUUCAGUAGAAAGAAGCACUUUUUGUUAAACCACCAGCGGAAUGCAGGAGAUUAUAAGACUGCGUUGAACCAGUGUUGCAUGAUUUGGACCUGAGUGUUUGCUUUCAGUCACUUUGGCAGAAAUGCUGCAUUGGUGCAAUGAUUCAGAUGGGUCAGAAUCAUCCAGGCUGGUUCAUCAUGUCGUCUUAACUGUUUUGGGUGCCUGAGUCAGCACGUCCCUGGAGUACGUUCGGCACUGGGGGGUUAGAAAAGAGAAGAAAGCUACUGUGUUUCUGAAGAAAGUGUACAAUGCUGUUUUUAGCCCAGGUGCAAAAGACUGGCUUCAGUCCCAUAGUUGGACAAUGUCACCCUGUGCUUUUGCAAACUUUUGCAGGGGCCUUGUUUUAAAACUUUUAAACAGAGCUAGUUGAAAUUUAUAUAUAGUAAUAUAUUUUAAAGAGAUGUAUGCAAAUGCCAGUUGCAGUGUUCUAAGGCCAGAUUUAUUAAAUGGAGGAAUUAACACGAGAGCACCGACCCAUAAAAGUGCAGAUGGGAAAUA